AUGGCCGCAUCCAGCCGCUCUCUCGGUAUACCACGAAAAGAAUCCUUGCGACAAAGAGUGAAUUACACCCAGAGCCAAAGGAAUAUCCUCCAGGAAUGGUAUGAACGCAACCCAUAUCCUGAUGCAGUCAGACCUCACCAGUUGUCCUUCACAAGAGCCCAAGAGGACUUCCUAAGUAAGGCCUUCCGGAAGAACAGGCUCCCUGACCGUGCUACCAGGACAAAAAUGGCUAUAAGACUAGGCAUCAAGGAGUCAAAAAUUGAAGACAUCAACAGACCAAAGUACAAUUUCACCACAGUUCAGUCCGGGGAACCGACAUGGUUUCAGACGCAAAGAUUUCUAAAUCCUGAGCAUAGAGAAGAGUCCUCAAAUUUAUCAGAUGGGACAAAUGAAGGACCGAAUCCAGCCGCUCAGCAGCAGAACAUCGACCUAGCCACUCCCACAGCCAAUUGUUUCCCUUCCUCUGAACCCUGCUGUAAUGACCAGACGUCCCUACCUGCCCCACUGGAAUCCCAGGGAUUGGUUCCUGGGGAUUCCUUUGGGGUCUCUGGGAGCCAAGUGUCAAGCACUAUAACCCUACAGACCACAGAAACUGUGCAGGAAGAACAGAACCUCGAUGCUCCUCUGACUUCCAUGAAUCCCUUGCCAGAAGAGCCAAGUCCAGGACAGGAUUUCUCAGGUUCCCAGGCUCCUUGUUCUCAGCCUGAUGCAGAGCAUGAGAAACAACAAUCUGAGGACCCAGAUUACACCGACAUAGCUUACAUUAUGCAAUGGUGGGACAAGGGCCGCCUGGAUCUCAUUGCAAAUUGGGACCCUCAGAAAGAGGUGUAG